AUGCACUACAGUGCAGCAAAAUCAUGUUGGAAGUCAGCAGUUGUACGAAAGUCAGUCAUUUUUCUUUGAAAAUGUUUGCUUCCCUCCUCGUGGUCACGCUGGGGUUGUGUUACUGCAGAAAGGACAGCAAUCAGACAUUUCUGGGGAUUCCACAGCUAAUUGGCCCGUCAAAGGCUGUUCUGGGAAAAAUUGUAGUAUUCAAAUGUGUAAUGCCAAGCCACCCAAAGAAUGAAUCUGUCCUGUUGCAGUUAAUCAAGAAGGAUAAUGCCAAGCAGCUGGGUGAGUAUACCUCCCUGUCUGGGGAAGCUGCAACCUUCUCCCUGGUCACCAGACUGUCCUAUGAGGGCAACCUUGAGUGUUGGGCCAGAGCACAGAACAACUCUCACAUCAGGCCCACUGUCAGCAGAACACACUACCUGAGGGUGGUUGAGGGAGUGAAGGGGGCACAUAUUGUUGUUCGUUCUGGUCCAGUAGAGUUCUUUCAGGGCCAGAGUCUGGAGCUGCUCUGUGAAAUUACUGCUGGAAAAAACGUGUCCUAUAAAUGGCUGCAGAAUGGUCAGCUCAUCUCUCCGUCUCCUAGUCUUCAUCUCUCAGAUAACCGUCUCUUCAUCUCCAGAACCACUUCAGAAAACACCGGCAACUACACAUGCAUUGCCAGCAACUACUACAACCAUACAGUCUUGUCAACCUCCAAAAGUCCUGAUGUUGAAAUCACAGUCAAAGAGGGAGUGAAGGAGGCACAUAUUGUUGUUCUUUCGGGUCCAGUAGAGUUCUUUCAGGGCCAGAGUCUGGAGCUGCUCUGUGAAAUUACUGCUGGAAACAACGUGUCCUAUAAAUGGCUGCAGAAUGGUCAGCUCAUCUCUCCAUCUCCUAGUCUUCAUCUCUCAGAUAACCGUCUCUUCAUCUCCAGAAUCACGUCAGAAAACACCGGUGAUUACACAUGCACUGCUACCGACUACUACAACCAAACAGUCUUGUCAACCUCCACAAGUCCUGAUGUUGAAAUCAAAGUCAAAGACGUGGUGUCAGCCCCUGCUAUCUCCUUCACUGUGCUGAAGGAGGAUUCCUACAACUACUCUGCUGUGGUCACAUGUGAGUCGGCGAAUGGGACCCGGCCUGUCACCUUUUCACUCUACAACAGGACAGAGCUGGUUGCCAGUGUGACGAGUGAUAACAGGAAGGCCAUAUUUAAGUUACCACUUGUCUUGGAUCAGUACUCGGGAGAGCUCCAGUGCAACGCGGACAACGGAGCCCAGGCUGCUCACAGUCAGUGGCUGCCCUUGGAAGUUGUCUCAGUUGGUGGGCCUGUGACCAUGCACUACGACUCCGACAUUGGAGAACACUUUGCUGUGAUUGGCCUGAAGUUGUACUGCAAGGUGGCAAAGGGAUCUCAUCCACGCUACCAGUGGUUCCUCAACAAAACCCUUCUCCGUGACAGAGGCAGUUUCUACUACGUGGUCGACCAGCCGCCAGAACAGUCAAUACUCCUGCUGUCUGUGGGGAGGAGCAGCGCUGGGACGUAUCGCUGCCAAGUGUCCGACAGCUUUGACAACACUACUGCAAUAAGCAGCAGGAAGCGAUAUUUGGAUAAAGAAGUGCUGAACCGUCUCCCUGUCUUGGUAGUGGCAGUUGUCUUCGGUUGUUUCACAACUCUGAUUCUCCUGGUGUCCGUGUGUUGUUGUGUUGGAGUGGUGUACAAUGGGGGUCUGAAGAUGGAGAGAAUGACAGUUGCCUACGAAGAUGAGCUGGAACUGUGUGAAUACGGUGAGGAUGCAGGUGUGGUGAGAUCAGCCAGAGGGGGUGAAUUUGAUCAGACAUCUGAGGCCUCUGCAGAUGAAUGGCCCCAAAUUGCAGAACAGAAGAAGACGCUGGAGGAUGAAACGUUUGAGGCGCUCUGAGGACUCAUCAUUUGCUCCAUAUAAUCACACUGCUGUGGUUAAAUAAACCCCUGCUCGUGGUGCUUCAUGUCUGUUCAAUGUUCCAACAUUUGUAUUGUACAAGGGCAACGCGGUGGUUAGAACUGUUGCCUCCCAGUGAGAAGGUUUCCAGGUUUAAAAUUCCUGAACGUCCUCUUUCUGUGUGGAAUUUACAUGUUUACUACACAUUCACCAACAGUCCAAAACAUAGGUAGGUAGGCUGGGGUUAGGUUGUGACCCAUUUAUUUACUUUACAACACUGUUAACUUUGCUAAUCCUCAUUAUUGUAUUCGCCUUCACACAGGUAAGAAGCAGUCUGUACUUUAGUUAAUCCCAGUCCAAUUUUCCAUUAGCAAUUUCAGUUUAACACAACCCAACCGGAGUACUGCUCAAAAAUGAGAUCAAACAAACAAAAACUAUAUGAUGGCUCCAACAGUAGUGUGAUUGCUAGUUUGUCUCCACAUGUUUGCCUUGUGAUGGACAGAAACUGGCUCGGUCAAAUGAUCUCUCCCCCCAUCAGCCCCCCUCCUUCCCACCCACCUCUCCCUUUGUUCUGUAGCCAAAUCCAAUCCAAUACGCAUUCUAGGCUAAAAACAUGAUGUCAAUAACCUUGUUUUGAGUCAGAAUCUGAAUGUCGGGGCUUGAGGACACUUGGAUGACACCCCAGGAGCAGUAUGGAGGCAUUUUAUUUAUUUUUAUGUUUUGUUCUUUUUUUGCGUUUAAAGUGGUGGUGACCUUUACUUCAAUUGUAUUGGGUUUGGCUGCUAACAGUGCUUGCUCUUUGUGUGAACUGUUGGGUUUCUUUAAUAUUGCAUAGUCUCAACCUUUCUUUGUAAAGUCCUUCCAUCCAUCCAUGCAUCAUCUAUAGUGCGUAUCCUUUAAAGGUUCAGUGUGUAAGAUUUAGGUGAAAAGGAUCUAUCGGCAUCAAUUGAGUAUAAAUAAUCCUAUAGCGUUGUUUUUACUGGUGAGUUUCAUCUAAACUGUACCAAUUGUUGUUUCCUUUACCUUAGAAUGGGCCCUUUAUAUUUAAACACUUUAUAUUUACAUCUGGCGUGAGUACUCUCUAUUAAGGCCACCAUGUUUUUUACAGUCGUCCAAACUGGACAAACUAAACACCUUUUGAGUUUUUAUCACAGCUGAAGACUACCUCAGGUUCUCUUUCUCUCUUCUCAUGUUUGGAAGGGAGGGUGAGGUGAGGGGUAAUCAGCUGAAACAUACAACUUCACCACUAGAUGUCACUAGAUUCCACACACUGGGCCUUUAAGGGAUGUGGGAGAAACUGGAGACAAAUACGAAAUAAAAUUCUUAAAGACAA